GAACAGAUAGUGAGGUUUGUUGGUAACACUGUGGAAACAUUUCAUCACCCGAUCAUCCGUCGUCCGGGUUCGGCGUCUGCAACACCUUCACGUAUCACGUUUUUGUUUUCCCCAUUUCCAAAUUCCAUUCGUCAGCAGCUUAUAGGAAAUUUACUCUCUAAAAUUAAUUUUUAUUUUUGUUAUAUUUUUAUCCCAGUUGUCACGAAUAAACCAAAAAUGGCUAUUUAAUCGCUAAGUGUCUUCGUACUUUGUAUACUCGCCUAAGGCUUUUUAUUUUUUAAAUUAAUAUACCGAAAAACUACCAUGUCUGAUACUCCAUCCGGAAAACUCAAGGAACAAGACCUAACGAAUUUGGUAAUUUUUUAUUAGCGGUCUUAAAUUAUUGAAUUCACUCUCAUGCAUCGUACAUCAUUUUAUUACAGGAUGUUACCAAAUUGACACCAUCUUCACCUGAAGUAAUCAGUCGUCAAGCUACAAUCAAUAUAGGUAAUAUACCGAUCAUUUAGUAUUUUAGUGGCCAAGUUUAUUUUUAAUAUAUAACACUGCAUACUUUUUUAUAAUAUUGGUAUUAUCACACGGCAUAAUUGGAUUCCUAACAGUUUAUACUAGCCAUACUCAACCUUUUUUUUUUUUUUACUUGGAAUACAUAGGUACAUAGUUUUUUUUAUAUAUAGGAAUCACAACAUAGUAAUUAAAUCAACUAGAGAGGAGACUUAGGGACUAGGUCAAUUCAAAACUUUUCAGUACCUAUAGUAUCUAAUGGAAUAAAUACAAUGAAUAGAGUCUGAAAUAUCAGUGGUAGAAUCUAAAAAUCUUAUAUACUUUUAUGAAUAAUUGUAUAAUAUGUAUUCCUGAUGUUUGAUUUUUAGUAAAAAAAAUUAUCAAAUACAUGUCAAAAGCACUGAUAAAACAUUUUUCUUAUAUGUUUUCUGCAUCAGUAAAUGGUUUUAUUUGCUAACGUACUAUUUGUAAAUAAAUUCUUAUGGUACUUUUUUAGGCCACAUAAAAAAGUUCAAGAAAAAUUUAGGUGGAGUGUGGUUGACUUAAACCGUUGAUUUUCUAAUAAAUAUUAACUCUUAUACUCAACACUUUAAUAAAUACUAUAAAUAUAUACAUGUAGUUAUGUUAAAAUAUAUAACUUUGACUGUAUAAUAUCCAAAUAAAUAACAUGAGCAAGUUAUUAUAAACUUAUAUCUUAGAUAACCUAUUCUUAAGUUUUUUUUAAUCAGUUUAAACAACUUAAAUUUAAUAAAAUAUGUAUUUAUUAUACUUUAGGAACAAUUGGCCAUGUCGCACACGGAAAGUCUACUAUUGUAAAAGCUGUUUCUGGUGUUCAAACUGUACGGUUUAAAAAUGAACUCGAAAGAAAUAUCACAAUCAAACUAGGUAAAUAUACUGUUAUAAUUUGAUUAAUACAUUAAAUAUCUAACAAAGUUCAUAAAAUACUAAACGAGUAUAAUUUAUAUUUCAAAUAUUAUAAAUAUAAAAUACCUUAAUAACAAAAAAACGAAUGAAAUUAAACUAUCAUAAUAAACAACCAAAAACAAUUGUUUUAUACGAGAUAAUUAGAUAAGACUAUUAUAAUUAUUAAAGUUUAAAAUCAGUUACCUGUUCUCAUUAGGAAUAAUAAAAAAACAAAAGCGUUUAUAAGUAGUGAAAGUGGUAAAGUUCAACUUUUUUUUUAAACAUGGGUCAUGUUUGAGAAGGUUAUAGAGGUAAAUUUAAUGAAAAACUAUUCUGAGCGGAGUUAAACAUAUUAACAAAAGGCCAUAUAUAUAUUAUAAUAAUAUGUAAUAACAUAUAAUAUUUACAAUUUUUGUCAAAAUUUCGAAUUUCAUAUUAAAAUUGGAUAUAAAUCUAGAUUACCUACCACCCUUUGUUUUUCAAUAUGUUGUUUGAAAUUCAUUGUUAUUACGGUUUUUGCAUAAAUACCUAGUUAUUAAUUGACAAACUUCAAACAGUUCUAAAAUCAGUGUCGAAAAAUAAAUAUUUAAAAAAAAAAAAAAAAAAUAGAAAACUAAGGAUGUCCAGUAAACUAAACUAAUUCCUAUAAUUAUUAUAAAAAAAAAAUUUAUAUUAAAAUCAAAUUUUUUUUUACCACAAAGUACGACUUAUAAUGGACUUCCUGUUAAAUUUUCAAUCAUUUCUGUUUUUAUCUCACAUUUUUAUUCACAAAUUACCUACUAAAUAAAAUUUACAUAAAAAAAACUCAAAAUUAAAAUGGCUAAGAUGUUAUAAUUAUUUUCCCCUCUAGAAAUCUAAAUAUUUUUAACUGAAUUGUAGCAAAAUACAAUUAAAAUAAUAAUAGAAUUUUUUUAAAUCGACCUCUCUAAAACACCACCUAGAUAAAAAAAUUUUUCAAGCAGCCACUGUUGUAAAUGAGAAGUUGUUAAUGUAGGAUAUGGGCGGAAAUUUAAUGUAUAUCUGUAAGCAAUGAUAAACCGAAAUGAAAAAAAAACGAUUCUGAGUAGAAUUCAGUUGCUUUGUCAAAAAUAUAUGUGUUAUAUUAUUGUGGUUAAAUGAUUACAACAAUGUGUAUUUCCAUGACAACAGCUAUUGUUUAAAAAAUAUUAAAAUAAUAACAAAAAAUAAAUAAAAACUGUUGCUGAUAACAACAUUAGUUUUAAUCUUUCAAUAUUUUUUUAACCUAAAGAUCAAAUUUUUCCAUAUUAUUUCAAAUAUUAUUGAAAAUUUCAAAAAAUUACUCCUAUAUAGUACCAUCCAUAAAACAUUUCCUUUCAGAGAAGAUGCUAUACUUAAAAAUUGUUGUAUGCUAGAAAGCAUACAACUUUCUAAAACUUUCUACUAGAAAGUAGAAAAAGUGUUCACAUAAAAAAAUAAUAAUAAUAAACAUCAUUGUUAAACCAAUCCGUUCCUCGCUCUACUCAGAAUCUAAAGGUUUAACUUAAGGCAAUGUCCCUAGUACAUUUUAUAAUAUAUUUAUUUAGUCACACGUAUCCCUGUUAUAGACACUCGUUUUUAUUAUUAUAUGCUUUUCUUUAACGUGCCUUGAAUCAUAUCAUAGCACUUGUUUUUGAACCAAUUUUUGUUUGUAUUUUGGUUUAUCCAUGUGGUUAUUGUUUUACUUAUCUAUAUUAAUUAAUUUAUUGGAAAAUAUCAAUUAUUAUGGAAAAAAUGACUGCAGACAGAGUAUAUCAAAUAAUAGAAAAGCUAUAUAAGUGAGUUUAUUGAAAAAAAUAUAUAUAUUUUAAAUAUAUUACUACAUUUAAGAUGGGAUAUCUAAUUUGGUACAAAUAUCUGAUUCUCUUUCAUAUGUAUAUUAUUUUUAAGAUACUUUAGCUAUGUAAUUUUAUUAUUUAAGUAUUUUUAUUGUAAUUAUUGAUAUUUGUAAUAAUAGUGUUGCAUUAUAUUAAUAAUAUAAACUUCAAAACUAUUAAACCGAUUUUCAUAUAGUUCUUACCAUAUUUAGAAUAUCUAAUAUAAGAUUACUUAUCACCUAUAGGUUAUGUUUACCUUAGAAUUUAACUGUCUGACACAUGAUAUUCAUCAAUGUAGAUUGUAAAUUUGAUUAAGGAUUCACCCAAGCUUUGUAUAGAAUAGUCAAAUCUGGUUUUAUUUAUCGUAUUUUAAGACUUCAAUGCAGUAAUACGAUAAUAAUAAUGGCAGCUAGUGUUAAAAUAAUUUUUUAUUGUUUUUAAAAAUAGUGACAGCUGUUUUUAUAUUAAAUGUGUUGCAGAACCAGAAGACCACAGUCAGAAAAGUACAAGCUGUAAAAAAAAACGAAAACCUAACAAAUCCGAAAAUAGUAUUAAAGCAAUCACCAAGACUGUUACUCCUCAUCUAAUACAUACAAAAAAAUUCAAAAUUCAAAAAAUAAUCACUGAUCAAGAAAUCUAUGAAAACUGUAUAAGGUCAUCUAGAAAACUAUUAAAGCCUAAUUAUAAAAAUACAAGCAAAUUUGUGUAUAUGAAUACCGUUAUCAGUAAUAAUAUAAAUCGAAUAAUGAUAUAAAGAAAAGACCUUAGCACAAAUUGAUAGUAAUGAUGACAAGUUUGAAAUACAAUGUGAUAUAAAUAGUAAAGAAAAGACUUUAGUAUAAAUUGAUAGUAAUGAUGAAAAGUUUGAAAUACAAUGUGAUGAUACUGAUAUUUAAGAAUAUCUACCAUGUUAAAUGAUAAAACUGAUGCUUUAUAUAAUUAUGUUAUUUCUGAUGACAGCUUGAUAAUUAAUUUAAAAUGGAAAAAGCCUAUGAUCCAAAAGAAAUUGAUGAAAUUGUUGAUAACUUAAUAUGGUAUAUACUAUUAUUUAGUAAAAUGAAAAGUUGUUCUUAAAAGUUUAAUAUGUGAGAAUUUUUUAAUUUGUCAAAUUCAAAAUGACUUGAGUGAUUGUGUAAACAAAUUAUCUAAAUAACUUUAAACCAAUAAAGGAAUGCAUUUAAUGUUAACCAGAAGAUUAAUUGUAUACAUGUUUGACUUAUUUAGAACUGAAUAUGGUCUAUUUUUGCAAUCAAUUUCUCCUGAAGGUAUAUCUAGUUUGUUUAAUAGCCUUGAUAAUGGUUCUCAAACAAAUCAAAUAAAAUGGAAAUAUACUCUUAAUUCAUAUUUGGGAACAAUUUAAGUAAUUUUUGGCUUUAUUUCCAUAUUUAAAACAAGAAUGUGUUUUGGGUAUUUUUCUCAAAGUAUAUAAAAAAAAAAAAAACAGUAAAUGAGUUUGAACAAUGAAUAUAAGAAAACACUUCUUUUUUGGAAUAUUUAUGUUGAUUUUGAUAAUCAACAUAAUUAUAAAUAUUAUAUUAUUGAUGAUUUAAAGUAUGCCAUCUUCAGACACUUUAUUGUUUAUGUAACACCAAUUUAAACAUGUAUAACAGUUUGGAUUAAUUGUCUAUACAGAAGUCUUCCAGAAUUGGCCUCAUUUUCUAUUAGAGAUAUUUUGGCUAUUUUGAAAAAACUGGCUUUCCAUCAAGUACGUGAUUUAAGUAUUAUAUAAACAGAUUCCAGGUGACAAGAUAAAAAAAACAAAUUCAAACAAAUUUGUUCAUAUUAUUUUAUGUAUAUUUCACUGUGACCCAAUUGUUUGUAUUUAUUUAUUGAAGUGCAGUUGUUAGUUGAAAACUGACCAGUCAAGUGAAAAUUCCACUGUAUUACGAUAAUGCAAUUCUUUCUGUAUAAAAAAAAACUAUGUUUGGAUCCUAAAUGCAGCUAUUCUUAUGUUUAAGGAGAAAUAUUGACUGGUUUUUAAUCUAUUAAGCAAACAAAUUUAUUUUUUUUAUAAAAUUAAAUUUGUUUUAGAGGUUUAUAUUUGUCAUCCUCUCUCAUUUAAUACAGUCGCUUCAUUCAUAUACAUUAUACUACUAAAUGGUUACUUUAUUAUUAUUUUUGCUGUUAUUAUGGUUGUAUUAUCUGAUAAUGAUUUUUAAAACUGAAAUCUGUCAUAAAUAAAUACACUUGUUUGUUUAAGUUCAUUCUAAUAUUGGUAUUUAUUGUUUAUUUUAUUUUUAUGAAUAUUUGAAAUAUAUAGUUAUGCGUAAUGCGUGUUCAUUUUCUUUAAUUAACUAAGUUAUUAUUUCUUUUUAUAAAUAACUUACAAUUGAAGUUUAUUGAAUAAAUAUUGUUUGUAAAUAAUAUAUUUAAAUGGAAAUAAAACAAAUAACUGUUUAUUUUAGAUAUUGUUAUGAAUUAUUUUGAUUAAUUUGUAUAAAAUGUAUGAAUGGUUAUAAUUUUGGAGAGAGAAAUAAUGUAGGAGAAAGAAUUCUAGAUUUUGUGUUAGUAUAUGAUCUUGUAAUUAUUAACAUUUAUUUUAGGAAGAGGAAAGAGCAUUAUGUAACCUUUAUUUAUAAGCGGAGAGAAUAGAUUAUAAAUUGAUUACCAAUGUAUGGCUUUUAUAGAUAUAGAGAAGGCUUAUGGUAACAUGCUAAGAGAAAUUUUGAUGUGGUUAAUAAUUAGAAAAGAAGUUCUAAGAUAGUAUAUUAGUUUGAUAGAGGAGAUGUGUAAAGGUUCAAAUAUAAGUGUAAGAAAUGUGUACUAAAUAACGGUCAAUUUUGUAGUAGGUGUGAGAGAGAGAGGAAGACCAAAAGAGGUGGUUGGGUGCGAUUGAUAAUGAUAUAAGACCGAUAGAUGUAUGCGGCGACGAUUUAGGGAUCAGAUCAAGUGGAAUUUUAGGACAAGAUAGACUAACCCCCAAUAGUUGUGAUGAAGGCGAAGGAGAGAUUAUUUUUACAAAGUGUAGUGAAUUUAAUUAAUAACAAUAUCUAAAAUAAAUGAACUUUACAAAACUAAAAAAUGAUUAUUUUUGUUUAGGAUAUGCCAAUGCAAAAAUCUACAAAUGUAAUUAUGAUAAGUGUCCUCGACCAGCAUGUUUUGUGUCUGGUGGUUCAGGCCGUGAUGAUUCAUUACCUUGCUCAAGACCAGGUUGUCCAGGAAGAUUUGAGCUUGUUAGACAUGUGUCAUUUGUAGACUGUCCUGGUCACGACAUUCUUAUGGCUACCAUGUUAAACGGAGCUGCAGUAAUGGACGCUGCAUUAUUACUUAUAGGUAAAUUAAGUAGAUAUAGUAGAUAUUAUACUAUACAAAACUAUAUAGGCUUGUCUCAAAUUUUAUAGGACCAACCUGUCGACUAUAAUAAUCUAGUAUAAAGUUACAGAGAUAAGUCAACGAUUAUAUUAGUUGUUGUAAGUUAAUUCAACAAUGAAAAAGCAAAAUUUAAAGGAAAUUUGUAGCUAAAAUGUUUAACUAUGGUAGUACCUCUCAAAAAUCAAUAUGAAAUUAAAAUCAUACUUGACAUGUUUAAAAUAAAAAAAAAUCUCUACCCUAUAAAUUAUGAUUGACAAAAAUAUCUAAUAAAAGUAAGAUAAUGAACAAAAUAUAAGCAUCUUUAUCUGUCAGCAAUUCCCAUGUGUAUAUAAAGAGGCAAGUUCAAGUUGUAUUGUAUCAAAUUAAUAGUGUUUUAUCAUUAAUUUUAAUGAUACAGAUAAUUAUUUGAAGAAAUAUUACUCAAAACACAACAAUUAAAUGCUGAUAUAAAUUUUAAAAAAAUUCCACAUAUUUUUUAAUGUGCUCAUUAUUUAGCAUUAUUUCACCAAUUAUCUCUAUUCGUCUAUUUUAUUCCACGAAAGUUUAGUUCUACAAAGUAUGAUGUUUAAACUGAUAUAUAUUUAGUUUAAAUUCUAAUUGUAGAAUAAAUACCUGUACAUUUUGAUUUUCAGCUGGAAAUGAAUCUUGCCCUCAACCACAGACAUCAGAACAUUUGGCUGCUAUUGAAAUCAUGAAGCUAAAUAAUGUAAUAAUCUUACAAAACAAAAUAGAUUUGGUGAAAGAAGGUCAAGCUAAGGAGCAACAAGAGCAGAUACAAAAGUUUGUUCAAGGAACAGUAGCUGAAGGUGCGCCUAUAAUACCGAUAUCAGCUCAACUGAAGUACAAUAUGGAAGUAUUGUGUGAAUAUAUUUACAAGAAAAUCCCAAUUCCUGAUAGGGACUUCACAUCGCCACCACGCUUAAUUGUUGUUCGAUCAUUUGAUGUCAACAAACCAGGAUGUGAGGUUGAUGACCUUAAAGGAGGCGUAGCUGGUGGCAGUAUUUUACGUGGUGUUCUAAAGGUUGGAAUGGAGAUUGAAGUACGUCCUGGUUUAGUAUCUAAGGACAGCGAAGGAAAAUUAACUUGUCAGCCAAUAUUCUCACGAAUUGUGUCCUUGUACACCGAACAAAAUGAGUUGAAUUUUGCCGUUCCAGGAGGACUUAUUGGUGUUGGAACUAAAAUUGAACCUACUUUGUGCAGAGCUGAUCGUCUUGUUGGACAAGUGUUAGGAGCUGUUGGUGCACUACCAGAUAUAUUUAUCGAGUUAGAAGUUUCUUAUUACCUUCUAAAACGAUUAUUAGGUGUGCGUACAGAGGGAGAUAAGAAAGCUGCAAAGGUAGUUUAAUGGCCAAGUUUAUUUUGUGACAAAUACUAUAUUUAAAUAUUUAAUUAGGUUCAACGAUUAUCAAAAAAUGAGGUACUAUUGCUUAAUAUUGGUUCUCUAUCUACUGGUGGAAGAGUAUUAGCUACAAAAGCUGAUUUAGCUAAAAUCAGCUUAACAACACCAGUGUGUACUGAAAUUGGAGAGAAGAUUUCACUUAGUCGUCGAGUUGAAAAACAUUGGAGGUAUGGUAUUAGUUCUGUAAAAAUGUAAUAUUUAAUUACUUAUAUUAUGAAGUUAUGGAAUAUAGAUUUAACAUAGCCAAUUUUGGCAAAAAUUUAUCAAUAAGAACAAAAUAUAAAGAAAUUAUAUUAAUUUAAUUUUUUUUUCCCUGAAUUAUCAAUGUUCUUUGAAAAUAUAUUGAUAAAAAAAAUUGCUGGUAUGUUAAUUAUUUUUUUUAUUUUUUUAGACUCAUUGGAUGGGGCUUAAUUCGUGGAGGUGAAACGAUACAACCCUCAAAACCUCAAACAAGCUGAAAAUGUGAACUAUUUAUUUUUCUUAUUAUAUGUAUUUAUUACAUUACUUCAAUAAAGAAAACAUAAACCAAAUAAUUGUUUUUAAAUAUUCUGUAGAAUUUUUUAUUUCAGAAUUUAAAAAAAAAAAAAAACAUUUAAUUAUGUUUAUUUGUUAUUAAAUAACAAGUUUUGUAAUUAUAAAACGAGUACAUUCUAAACAUAUUCAAUUUUAUUCUAUAAGAAAAUAACCGGUACCAGACUAGUAAUUUGAUGUACAAAUUUAAACAGCAUCUUGAAUGAUUUCAGUAUAUUUCUUAAUUUUUGUAGCAACACUCAUAUCAACAUAUUUGUCACCGAUGCUGACAACAAUUCCACCAAUUAUGGUUGGAUCAACUUUCAAUUCAAUCUUAAUAGUCUCCCCUUUCUUGGCAAAUGCUUGCAGUGUCUUUUUAAGCUCCUGUAGAUCAGCUGAAUCCAAAGGC